CACUGUAAUGUGGACCAUAAUUCGAGUUAUUCUGAGUUCAAAACUCCUCUCUCAAUUCUCAUUGCCAUCUCUUCCCCUAUUCCACCAAAACCCAGGAAAACCUGCAUAACAGAUUGCAACUCCAACUGACUCCAUGGAACUCACACUUUUUUCUCACCACCAUUCCCAUUUCACCAAUAAAUCCACCCUUUUUCCUUCUUCAAAUAAGAUACCCAGUUGUAGAAAUGUAACAGUAUUAUGUUGCAGUUGUUCAUCAAAUCAUACUGCUAAACCAAUAACAUUAUCAUUGUCUAAUGACGGGAGAAGGGCAUUCAUGAAUUGUUUUCUCAUUGCAGCUGCUGGGUUGUGUAUUGCUGAUGUGGCUGGGGCUGUCAGCACAAGCAGAAGAGCUCUCAGAGGAGCAAAAAUACCUGAGAGCGAAUUUACAACCCUUUCCAAUGGUCUAAAGUUGGUGAAUCCACCUAAAUUCUCUUUCCUAUUACAUCUUUCUGAAUACCUUCAACUUUGUUGCAUUAUGAAUGCUUUAUGGUCCAAUCUUAUCUGCUGCUCAUACAUCCCUUUGCGUUGUACUAAUGGAUAAAUAAUUAGUUGUAGAAUUUUGAUGUAAUGUCAAAGAAUUUUGGCAUAUUGCAUUAGUAUAAAUUUCAUUUCUAUGUAUAUAAAAAACCUCUAAAGUUGAUAUAGGCUUUCGAAGUUGAACUCUUGGCUUGACUUGUAUUCAAGAAGUUAAUUAUUUGUUUAUCUUGUUAAAGAACCGUUUUACAAGGUCUGUUUCUUUGCUCCUUC